GCUACUUUUAUUGCAGGAAUACGGUGCCGACCAGUUUAAAUAAAAUUUGUGCUGACUAAGUAAUAUACGCAUCAUUUAUCCAUAUUAAGACCGUGGCUUUUGACAACACUGGAGGUGCAGUAUCUCUUACUGGCCUCCAGGUGAAGCUUUAACCGCAAGCAAGCUCGACAUUCGAUUCAAUGACGGCGACAUGCAACAAAACCAGUUGUAACAGCGGAGGAGGUCACCUAUAUUAGUUGGAUUACCAACAACACGACCCUCAUCUUUCGGUACGACCGUCACAUCCAAGACUAUGACGCAAGCCAAUGGUCAAAUGAAUGGGCAACUUAACACGAAUUCAGACUACCUCAAGAAUAAAGACAAAGAAGAUGAACCCUUGCUCCGAGACAACCCAAGAAGAUUUGUCAUUUUCCCAAUCCAAUAUCCUGACAUUUGGAAGAUGUAUAAGCAGGCACAGGCUUCUUUCUGGACAGUUGAGGAGGUGGAUCUAUCGAAGGACUUUGCUCACUGGAACAAACUGAAACCUGACGAAAAGCACUUCCUGUCCCACAUCUUGGCUUUCUUCGCUGCCAGUGAUGGAAUCGUCAACGAGAACCUGGUCCAGAGGUUCAGUCAGGAGGUGCAGAUCCCGGAGGCUCGCUCCUUCUAUGGUUUCCAGAUCCUCAUAGAGAACGUCCACUCAGAGAUGUACAGCAUGCUCAUCAAUACGUACAUCCAGGACCUGCAACAAAGAGAGCAUCUCUUCAAUGACGAGACAAUGCCUUGUGUGAAACGCAAAGCAGAUUGGGCAUUUCAGUGGAUCAAUGAUGAUAAAUCUACAUUCGGGGAGCGAAUUGUCGCUUUUGCAGCAGUUGAAGGCAUUUUCUUCUCGGGUUCCUUUGCUUCCAUCUUCUGGCUAAAGAAGAGAGGGCUGAUGCCUGGCCUGGCCCACUCCAAUGAGCUGAUUAGUAGAGACGAGGGUCUGCACUGUAAUUUCGCCUGCCUGAUAUACAAGCACCUGGUGAAGAAACCGUCAGAGGACAGAGUCAAGGACAUCAUCACCAAAGCUGUCAGCAUUGAACAGGAGUUUCUGACAGAGGCCUUGCCCGUGGCUCUGAUUGGAAUGAACUGCGGUUUAAUGAACCAGUACAUUGAAUUUGUCGCUGAUCGACUCCUCUGGGAACUUGGGCUGGCCAAGGUUUACAAAGUUGAAAAUCCGUUUGACUUCAUGGAGUCCAUUUCGUUAGAGGGCAAAACCAACUUCUUUGAGAAGCGAGUGGCUGAGUAUCAGAAGUUUGGAGUCAUGUCCAGUAUGAUGGACGGGGAAUUCACAGUUGAUGCUGACUUUUGACUUGUUACAUAAACUCUUUUUUACUGUACAGUAUAUUUAUUGAAGGGGUUCAAAUCAAUGCGAAAUAUGAUUUUAGGCCUACUGCUGGCUUCAGAAUAAAACUAUUAGAAAGAUAGACUUAAGAAAAAGGAUACCAUGCCAUAUGUUUUACAAAUAUGAUAUAUCAUUUUAAUGUUUUCAUGUCCAAUAUAAUUGACGGGGAAUUACUGCUGACAGCGACUUUUGACUUAACUUUUUUCAUUUUUUUAAUGUGCAGUAUUAUUGAGCAUGAUCAAUUCAUUAUUUAAGGGGUUAAGGUGAACAUGUACUUUCAUAAUUGGGCCUACUACAAGCUACAGAAUAAAACUAAUGAGACGGAUUUAAGAGAAACGGUUAAACCAUACCAUAUGUAUGACCAAUAGGAUUUAUCCUUUUUAUGUUGCAAUAAUGAAAUGUUUUCUAAUAAAAUUAUCUGGAGUAUUCUUACGUA